AUGGAUCAAGCUGAACAAAUGGGAUAUGCCAUUGACGACCCCCCUGCAACAGAGGGAACAUUCCCCAAUACACGAGCUUUGCCGCUGGCUCCCUAUCUUCCAGAAUCGGACUACCAGACGUCCCACCCUCCCGGUCUAAACAUAUACGCAGGCCCAGGUUACUAUGCUCUUCCAACCAGCACCGGACCAGCUGCCACCUCUGUUACAAGCAAUGAAUACCCCCCCAUGAGACACCUUCAGGAAAUGGAAAGAACACACAACGCGUCCGCUUGGAGCCUGAACCCGCUCGCUCCAGUCUACGAGCGCGUGCAAAACACGGGUACUCAAGACAUGAACGCGUAUGGGUACGGCAUACAAGAAGGACCAAACAUCCUGCACUCCGGAUCGAACGGUCAAGACAUGUUUCCGCUUGGUAGCCAACCGCAGCACUCUCCUUCAGGAGCUAUUCCCGUCACGGUCAACCAACCCAAUAGAAAGAGAAAACGGGCAUCCAACCCUUGUGAACGAUGUCGCCGGCUCCACCAACCCUGCACCGAGCAGAUCCCGCGGUGCUCCAACUGUGAGCUUGCGGAUGAGCAGUGCAUGUAUGCAGCCCGCAAGGAAAGAGGGCCUGUCAAAGGUGCUCACUCGUUGGUAGAAAAGAUUAUGGGCUAUAUUAGCAGCAAAAGUCCGGCUCUGGAAAAACAGAUUCAGGAGUACCUAGCCAAAAAAGACCCGACAGGUGUCUCGCCAUUGAGGCACAUCAAAGCGCAGGAGAAGGGACAAGAUUGGCUCGAUGCAUUCCGCGGUAGUCCUGUCGCGCAUAUGUUCGCACCGGAUCCCCAACCUUGA